AUGUUUUUAACUACUUUACUCCUUCAGGCCUUGCUGCUCGUGCCUGUUUGGAGUCAUUACUACGUGGCCGUAAAUGGCAAUGACUUUGGACCUGGCUCGGCCACGGCCCCUUUUCGUACAUUGGAAAGGGCUCAGGCGGCUGUCCAGAGGUCAACAAAGGGCAUGAGGUCUGAUAUUUACGUUUACGUGGGUCCAGGUACCUACUAUCUCAAUGAGCCGUUGAAGUUCACUAGCGAGGACUCGGGUCAGCACGGCCAUCGCGUCAUCUGGCAGGCCCAAGACAUGAUCAAAGGGGUGAACAUCUCUGGCGGGGUGCGCAUCACCAAGUGGAAGGCCUCCAGUGCCGGUAAAGGCAUCUAUGAAGCUCAAGCUCCAGCCUUCACCACGCGUCACUUCUACGCGAACCAGGCUCACGCGCAGCGAGCUCGGGCACAAGUACAACGCUCAUGGGUCAACCAGACUGCCACUGGCUUGAAAGUCGUAAAUGACUCAGCCAAGUACAUAUUGACCAUGCCCGGAUUGGAACAUGCCGAAUUCCAUGCUCAUAACUCCUUCACGUCUCGCUACAACCCUGUUACAGGGGCAUCGAAUGACACCAUUUUCAUGGCGCAACCGGCUUGGAAUAAUAAUAUCAUUGGGUAUGACUCUUUUAAUAAACCAGAUGUCGACCAUGGUCUGUACGUGGAGAACGCAUUGUCUCUCCUUACGGAUCCAAACGAAUGGUACUUGGAUCCAGAGAGUCAUAUCAUCUACUACAUGCCACCUUCUGGCCAGGACCCCAGUAACAUGUAUCUCGUUCUGGCCAAGUUGGAGACUUUGCUCUUGAUAGGUGGCACAUAUGACCAGCCUGUCCAUGAUCUCACCUUCAGAGGCUUCAACUACAUGCACACUACCUGGAACGUAGGCUAUGUCGACCAGCAGACAGGUGGUUAUAUUGGUACAAACAAGUCUUAUACUAAUUUUGAAGCAUCUCGACCGUUCUGGUGGCAAGUGCCUGGUUCAAUUCAAGUGAGCGCGGCUCAGAACAUCUUGUUUCAAAAUGGCAGCAUCGUUGCCCUGAUGGGUGGAUUUGGGAUAGGAAAUGAUCCAAAUGCACAUACAACCGGCGUCGGCCUCGGGGCAUCCGAUGUCGAGAUUAGUGGCAUGCUUCUCCACCAGACGGGAGCCAAUGCUAUUACCCUCGGAGGUAUUCAAGCAAACGCACACCACCCAUCAGACCCGCGUAUGCUCAACCAGAACACAAGAAUCCUUGAGAAUAUCUUUACGGACCUGGGCUACACAAUUGACUCGGCUGUUCCCAUCUUUGCCAGCUAUGCCAAAGACACGUACAUUGUGCACAAUGAUAUUGUCAACGUCCCAUAUAGCGGCAUUUGCUACGGUUAUGGAUGGGGUUCUAACGAUGCGGGGGGCAGUCCGCAGUACCAACUACGCGGCCUCUACAACUACCAGCCCGUCUACAAUACACCGACCACAAUGCAAGGUGGGAGAAUUAGUGCAAAUCUCCUUUACAGCGUUGGGACGCUCCAUUCAGACGACGGUGGUAUAUACACGCUGUCGGCGAGUCCCAAUACGACCCUCAGCGACAACUGGGUCAAGUCCCCCCAGGCAUAUGGUACAUACACAUGA